CUUCUCUCAUCCCCUUCCAUCAUCAUUCUUUUCCUUCCUCCUUUCCUCCUCUGAGAUAAAUACUCAGUGACUUUGUUGAUCUUCAGUAGUCUUCAAUUCAUUGUGCGAUCUCUCUCUUUUGCUCGAGUUGUGUCAUUGUCCGGUGUUGAAACACUUUUCGUUCUUUUUUCGCGACCAAACGCGAUUCGCAGCGACCAUGCCUUCUUAUCGUCUGGAAGAAGCAUCCACCGGCCGAGCCGGCUGCCAGAACAAGGAAUGCAAGGAUGCCAAAGUGAAGAUCCUCAAGGGCGAGCUGCGCCACGGCUCUUGGAUCGAUACGGAACGAUUCCAGAGCUUUUCCUGGAGACAUUGGGGAUGCGUGACGCCCAAGGUCGUCAGUAACAUGCAAGAGCUCAUCGCCGACGAGGGCGACGGAGACCCUUCUGUCAUCGAUGGCUUUGAGGAGUUGUCUGAAGAGAACAAAGACAAGGUCCGCAAGGCCAUCGAGCAGGGUCAUGUCGAUGAUGAGGAUUGGAAGGGUGACGUGGAGAUGAACAGACCCGGAAAGAGCGGGUUCCGUCAGCGCGCGCCGAAGAAGAAUGCCAAGGCCGAUGAUGAUGAAUCUGCGGAAGAACCCGCCAAACCCAAGAAGCGCACUGCUAAAGCAGCCAAGGAGGAGUCCGACGACGAGGCUCCCAAGACUAAGAAGGCCAAAACGGCGGGUCGCGCCAAAAAGGCUGCCGCGGACGAAGAGGCAGAGAGCGAGAACAGCGAUGCCACUCCUGCCAAACCUAAGGCCAAGCAGCCGGCCAGGAAGGGCCGCGCCGCCGCUAAGGAAACCCCCGAGAAGAAGGCCGCCACUGGCACCAGAACGGGCGGCCGACGCCAGAAGAAGGCCGCGGAGGACGCCGACGGUGAAGCUGCUGAGCCUGAACCUGCUGCUGAGGAGCAUGCAGCUGAGAAGCCCAAGCGCGGCCGCAAGAAGAAGUCUGCUUAGCUUGCUACCUUGCCAAGCUCGCUUAGCUUACGUAUUGUCUGGUUGAUUUAUCUAAUGUCUGAUUCUUUCCCCUUCAGCGAGUGUCUGUGGUAUGUAUUGUUGAUGUUAAGUUUGAUAUCUAAAGGUUGAAGCGAUGUCGGUCUAGGAAUGGGUGUGGGUAUUGUCUAUGUGCAUGUGCAUGCAUUGUCUCGGGAAGUUACUGAAGUUGCUUGUCAGUGUCAGACCAUUUGUCUAUCUUAUCUGACUGUCCAUCUGUCUGUGUCAUUAUCUAUUUCUGCAUGGCUCGGGUCAUUCAGUUCUGAGACUCGAGCCAACUUUCUGUAUGAGUAUAAUGCAUAAUAUCUCUC